AUGCAUCUCGGCAGCUUUUCGCCGGUGCGCAGCACUGCGCGCUUGGGCUCCGCGACCUUUCUGGUGGGCGCAAACCGCUUCGGAUCCUGCACGCCGGCGUUCGGCUUCACGCAGACCGGGCCUUCCCCGUUGACCAGGAGCUUUGCACGCUCGAGCCCCGCACUGCCGGUCUCCCAGUACGCGGACUUCGGGCCCUCGCCUCCGUUGCGCAGCCACGGGCGUCUGGGCUUCUUCUCGUUCGCCCUGGGCGCCGCCAAGCCGGGCCGCCGAGACCUUCGAGACGUCGGAGCAUCUGUUUUGGCCGGUCCGUUGGAGUGGUAA